GCUGUCCUUUUCUUUACAGUUUGUCAACAUUUUCACACAUACACACACUGAUACUUACAGACUACCAAUCCUAUAAUAAAUUUUAAGAACUACCCAAGAGUGAUUUAGAGAAUUUAGUUGGUUGGUGAGAAGAAAUGGGGUGAUUGGAGAUAUUCAGAUGAGGGCCUUUUUGCUUGUGAUCACUCAUCAGAUUAUACACAUUUGCUGAAAUUUUACUGCUUUGUAUUUAGGUGUGAGGGAGUUUGUCAUCUGCCUUGAUCCAUCAGUAGCUAUAGUAUAUAGAAAAGAUUUCUGGGAGGUUUUGUUGGAGCCAUGGCGACAUUGUCACACUCCGAGUCAAGUCGCUUGUAUUCUUGGUGGUGGGACAGCCACAUUAGCCCGAAGAAUUCCAAAUGGCUACAUGAUAAUCUUACAGAUAUGGAUGCUAAAGUAAAAUCAAUGAUUAAGCUUAUUGAAGAAGAUGCUGAUUCCUUUGCAAGAAGAGCAGAGAUGUAUUAUAAAAAGCGGCCUGAACUCAUAAAACUGGUCGAGGAGUUUUACCGCGCAUACCGUGCACUAGCUGAAAGGUAUGAUUAUGCAACAGGGGAGCUUCGCCAAGCUCAUCGAACCAUCGCAAAAGCAUUUCCUGACCAAGUGCCUUUUGUACUGUCUGAUGAGUCAACUUCAGCCUCUUCCAAUGUGACAGAAAUUCCACUUGUCAGUAGUUCAUUUUUUGACAUUGAUGACUUGGAUAAGAAUGCAUUGAUGUUUCCUGCAUCUGAUCAACAUUCUGUUAAGGCUGUUCAGUUUCGUUCUGAAAGUUCUGAUGCCAUCGUUAGCAAACAGGAGCUGCAACAGCACGAUCAGAUGAUUGGCAUGGAAGUGGUGCCGGGUAAUGUAAAGUCUGCAGAAGGGAGAAUAGAGAAAAGUCUGCCGAACAAAGUCUCUAUAUUAUUGAAUGAAAAUGAGGAAUUGAAUGCCAAGCUUCUAUUUGAGUCUGAGCGUGCUAGUAAAGCUGAAAGUGAAGUUCAAUACCUAAAGAAGGCACUGACUGACAUGCAGGCUGUAAAAGAAGCUGUUCAAUUUCAAUAUCAACAGAAUGUUGAUAAGUUAUCAAGUUUGAAGGGUGAACUUAUAUCUGCGGAAAUGGAUUCCAAGAAGCUGAAUGAACAAGCGAGCAAAGCUGAAUCUGAAUUUCUUUCAUUAAAGAAUGCCAUUGUUAAAUUGGAAGAAGAAAGGGAUGCUGUUUCUUAUAAAAACAAGGAUUGCUUGGAAAGGAUAUCUGACCUGGAGGCCACGAUUUUGCACACCCAAGCAGAUAGGAAAGAACUUGAGGAGAGAACACUUAAAGCAGAAGUUGAAACUCAAAUCUUAAAGAAAGAUCUUUCCAGACUAGAGGCUGAAAAGGAAGCAGGUCUUCUUCAGUACAAACAGUGUCUAGAGAAAAUAUCUGAUUUGGAGAAAAAGGUAUUUGUCGCAGAAGGGGAUGCAAGAUAUCUUAAACAGAAAGCUGAAAUUGCUGAAACUGAAGUUGUGAGGCUUAAGGUAAUUCUUGCAGAAGUUACUGCACAGAAAGAGGCUACAGCUCUUCAGUAUAAGGCUUGCUUAGAGAAAAUAUCUAAUUUGGAAAGUGAAAUCUCCUAUUUCCAAGCGGAAAUCAAAUGCCUGAAAACUGAGAUUCUGUCAGGGGAUACUAAACUUAGAACUGCUGAAGACAAAUGUGAUAUGUUGGAGAUGUCAAAUCAAACUCUACGACUUGAGGCAGAUAACCUAUUCAAGAAGAUCGCUCUGAAAGAUAAAGAACUUACUGAGAAGCAUGGAGACUUAGAGAAACUUCAGGCGGCCCUACAAGAUGAGCGUUUAAGGUAUGCUCAUGUUGAAGCCUCUCUCGUUAAAUUGCAAAAUAUGCACUGCCAAUCUCAAGAGGAGCAGAGGAAUUUGACAUUGGAGCUUAAAAGUGGGCUUGAGUUGUUGAAGGACAUUAAUUUAUGCAAACAUGGUCUGGAAGAAGACAUUCAGCAGAUUAAGGAUGAAAAUUGUAGCUUAAAGGAACAAAAUUCAUCUUCUACAACGUCUAUGAUGGAUUUGCAAAAUGAAAUACUUGGCUUGACCAGGAUGAAGGAGAGAUUUGAUGAAGAAGUAGAAAUGCAAUUGGGUAAAAGUAACGCACUUCAGAAAGAAAUUUCAUGUUUAAAAGAGGAAAUAGUCUACUUGAACAGGAACUACCAAACAUUGGUAAAACAAGUAGAGAUGGUUGGUUUAGAUCCGAAAUGCUUUGGCACUUCAGUAAGGGAGUUGAAGGAUGAGAACUCACAGUUAAAACAAUUGAAUGAUAAGGAAAAAGAUGAAAAAGAAAGUCUUUACAAGAAGUUAGUAAACAUGGUGGAACUUAUGGAGAAAAACACUGCACUUCAGGGCUCCCUAUCAGAUGUUACUAAUGAUUUGGAAGGAUCGCAGGAGCAAGCGAAAGUACUGCAAGAGUCUUGCAAUAUCCUGCAUGGUGAAAAAUGUGCCCUUGUUGCUGAGAAAGAUGCUCUAAUAUCCCAGUUAAAACUUAUCACCACGACUAUGCAGGAACUAUCAGAGAAAAACAAUGUUCUUGAAAGUUCACUGUGUAGUGCAAAUAGUGAAUUGCAAAGUAUGAGAAAAAAAUCAGAGAGCUUAGAAGAGCUAUGCCAGUUCCUUGGUGAUGAGAAAGCUAAUCUUCUUAAUGAAAGAAGUACACUUGCUGCACAGUUAGAAGUUGUUGAAAAAAAAAUAAUCAACUUGGAAAAGAGAUUCACAGAAUUUGAAGGAAACUACUCUGUUAUGAAGAUGGCGAAAGAAUCACUGGACUCUCCUCCACUAGAGGAUUUGAUUGUUUCCCUGAAAGCGGGGAAACAUGAGCAUGAAAGUCUAAAACAGUUGACAGAAUCCAGGUUGGCUAGUGUUGAGGAGCGAAUUUGCCGCCUCCAAGAAGAAAGUAGGCAGAGUAAGAGAGAUUUUCAAGAUGAAUUUGAAAAAUCUGUGGUUUCCCAGUUCGAGAUUUACAUCUUGCAGAAAUUUGUGGCAGAUAUGGAAGAAAAAAAUUAUCUGCUAUUGGCGGAGUGUCAGAAACAAAUUGAAGCCUCGAAAUUGGCAGAUCAAUUAAUUUCAGAGCUGGAGAAUGAAAGUCUCGAGCAACAGGUGGAAGAAGAAUUCAUGUUGGCUGAAAUUGAGAAGCUGAGAUCGGGAUUGCAUCAAGUUCGGAAGGCUCUAGAAAAUGGUGCAAGUAGUGGCUCUGAUAAAUUGUCCGAAAAUGAUCAUAUAUCAGUGCAUCAUAUAUUAGAAGAUAUUGCGAUAAUGAAGCAUUCUCUCUUAAAAUACAAUGACGACAUGCAACGGCUAGUUAUUGAGAACUCAGUUCUCUUAACUUUUUUUGGGCAACUGAGAUUAGAGGGCCUAGAAGUUGAAUCAGAGAAAAACCACAUAGACCAGGUUUCCAAAACUAUGUCACAUGAGUAUUUGAUUAUGCAAAAUGAGUGGCACAAAAUUCUUGAAAUGAACAGAAAAUUGAAAUCUGUGACCACACUUAAUGCUGAAGGGCAGUAUCCUACCAUUAAGCAGGCUGGCAUGCAGAGUUCUUACCUCCAGUCAGAGGAAGAAUAUUCUCAUACAUUUGAAGGAAACAGACCUUCAUCGAAAUCAUUCCCAAAUAUGGUGCAGAGUUUACGGGAAGUAAAUAGGGAAGAUAAUGUUCUCAAGAAUACCUUAUCACAUGGUAAGCUUUCAACAAUUUUCAGUAGUUUGAGGACAAAGAAUGCAGGGGAAUUGGCAUUACUUUCAGAAGAUAUAUCCAAACUCUAUGAAGUUAACUGUGAACUUGUGAAUGAGGUGAGUACAUUGAGGGAAGAGUUAGGCAUGCAUGAAAUUGAAAAAUUAUUUAUGGAAGAUUCACUUGAGAAGUUAGAGAGGGAUCUCUUUGAGCUUAAAAAUUUGAACUGCAGACUCAAGCUAGAAUUAUUAAGUGCAAAUGACUACUUGAGCGAAGGGGAAGAAGAGCUUUUUGAUGCAGAAAUGAAGCUUGUAGUGGUGGAGAAUUUGAACUCAGAAUUGCGCAGAGAAGUGGAUAGGCUGAAGAGAGAAUAUAAACAAUCGGAAUCCAUAAGAGAAAAUCAAGAGAUUUUAAUGCAAAAAAUGUCGGAAGACAAUGCAAAUCAGAAUAAGAAUAUUCAAGAUAUGCUUGAAGUGAAAGUAAAGUUAGAAUCUGAGCUGGCUAUGUUAAGCGAAGAAAUUCAGGAAAGAAGAACUAGAGAGGAGUACUUGAAUUCGGAACUGCAAGAAAAACAGAAUGAGUUUGAGCUCUGGGAUGCCGAGGCUGCAACAUUUUGUUUUGAUCUUCAAGUUUCUGCCAUUCGUGAAUUGUUUUUUGAAGAUAAGGUGUAUGAACUUUGUGGAGUUUGUGGGAGUCUUCAAGAUGAAAAUGCUUCAAAAACACAGGAAAUUAAGUUGUUAAAAGAAAAAGUCAGCUCCCAGUCAGGUGAAAUCCGAGGUCUGAAAUCCCAUCUAUGUCCACAUUCCCUUGCUGUGGGUUCUCUAAAGGAGGACGUGGAUUCUAUAGAGCACAAUUUCCUCGCCUGGGCAAAUCUUGAUGUAGCUAACUGUCAAAUACCGAAGGAUAUGGAGUUGGGAUUUCAUGCUCAUGAAAAAGGGGAAGAUCAAGAUUUGUAUGUAUUAGAUGAAAUUUUGGAAUUGCAGAAGUUGCAGAACCGGAUCAAAGAGGUUGAAAAAGUUGUCAUUGAAGAAAUGAAGAGGCUGAAGAGGCAGGAGAGUUCAAGGUUCAACCUGAAAAUAGAAACUGCAGGGCGAGAUAUUGUAGACUUGAAAUCUCGUUGCAGGUUAGUUCGACAGAAAAGUAAACAAAAGGAGGAGGGAAGACUUGAGGAUGAGUCCAGGGAUAAUAUCACGUUCCAUAAAACUAUGCCCGAAAUUCUUGAAGUCAAGAAUGUAAUCCUCAUGAAAGGUAUUCCGCUCGAUCAAGUUUCAGGUGGCUCACUAUGCGGAAGAAGCAGGAGACGAAAUAGUCUGCCAGCUGAGCAGAUACGUUGGGAAACAAAUGACGCUAACCACCGCGUUGAUCAAAAUUUGAUUGAGCUACAAAACCAGGUUUAUGAACCAACAAAGAAUGUUGUUUACAAGGACUACGAAUCUGUGGAGCAGAGUAGUGAAAAUCCUUCUUCAGAGUUAGACAUGGAGAAGGAAUUGGGUGUUGAUAAAUUACAGGUCUCGACUACUACGUCUGUGCCUAAUCGAGGAGGGAACAAGAAAAAAAUAUUAGAGAGACUUGCUUCAGAUGGUCAGAAACUGGCAAAUAUCCAGACAAAUGUGCAGGAUCUGAGAAGAAAACUGGAAACAAACAAGAAGGGCAGAAACAGUAAGAACGUUGAUUUGGAGACCGUUAAGGAACAGUUGUUAGAAGCUGAGGAGACCACUAUGCAACUGAUAAAUUUGAAUGGUCAAAUGACUAGAAAGAUUGAAGACAUUCCAGUUUCUAAAGACGGGCAACGAUCUAUAGACUUGGAGAAAGCAGCUAGUUUUCAAAAAAAGAAAGUUUCUGAACAGGCGCGAAAAGAGUCCGAGAAGAUUGGAAGAUUGCAGCUGGAGGUUCAAAAAAUCCACUAUGCCGUGCUGCAACUGGAUGACGGGAAGAAAAAUAAAGUGACUAACAGAUUUUCCAGGACAAAGAGCAGAACAACAGUUAUUCUACGAGACUUUAUUCACAGUGGCAGGCGAAGCAGCGUUAGGAAAAAGAAGGGUCGUCUCUGUGGGUGUUUCAAACCUUCUUCGACCAAUGCAGGAGGUAGCAUGUAACUAUUGGAAGCAUCAUUUCUAAUCAAUGGUAAGUUAUGAUUCCUUGAGAUAGGUCCCGUUGUAGAUAUAUCAUGUUAUACAUGAUCAGUCUCAUUUAUAGUUAGAAGAGUCCGUUAUCUUUGAGGUGUAGGCGCAACCAGUAUUAAGAACUAAUUAAGAAUUCUGUGUAAUAUAAAUAAGAUACUUUCAUGAAAUCUGAACUUCAAAUAAUAUGCUCCUGUGCUCUUGGUAUAAUUUUAACUUUC